AUGUACACAACGCCUUUGCAGCAUGAGACCAGCAUAGUUUUGGCUAGGCCAUCUUUAAAUUCGGUAACAUUCGUACUCGCAGGCCGAACCACGCUAUCAGAGCAUUGCCCUACCGAGCACAUCGAAGUCGAAUACGCCAUAGCCGAACGCUCACCGUACCUUCGCAUCUACCUCCCCCAGCACGUGCGCGAUGACCGACCUUUACUGCCCAUUCAGCUCGGCGACGUCGAUCCCGCAGGCUUCAAGCUCUACAUCGACUGGCUCACUACUGGCGUCGUGGAAUUGUCCACCCAAGGAUCUCUUCAACUCAACUCCUGCGUCGAUUUGAUUUACGCACAUAUCGUCGGCUCCGCGUUCUCGCAACCAAACUUCCAAGACUACAUCAUCGACAAGCUAUCUUUUAUUCUUGACCCCGCACAAACGUUCGAUCAAAAGAUUCUUGAGAUGCUGUAUUUGGAGAAACACGCGUCGACACUACUGCGGAAGUUCGUUACGGACAAGAUGUUCGCGUAUGAUAGGAGGAUGCUAGGCAUGCUCCGGAAUUCUGUGGAAGAUAUUGUGACUGGAACCAGUGAUGUAAAGGGGUGUGAAUAUCAUAUCCAUGAUGACGGAGUGUGUUACAGGCAUGGAAGGGCGGGUGAGUUUGAGCAGACGGACAAGGUGAAUGGAGUAGGAGGGAAGAAGUGGAGUAUUGACGAUGAUCCGGAACUGAAUGCCAUGGCAGCGCAAUAUCUAGGCAAAGCAACGACCCCUUCGAGAACGGACAAGUCAUCAAUCGUUUUCGACACCAAGCACCGUUCAUCGACGGAAAAGCGUCGACCGCAGGCAAACAAGCUCGCAUCGCAACUAAAAGUCCCGUCAUUACAUAACAUCCCCUACCGCCUACUCCAGAAGCACCCCAAGCGCCCAGCACCAAAGAUCUAG